UGGCCCCCGGCCCCCUUAUCUGCCCCCUGCCUCGUGGGCCCGGCACUGCCAUGGACAGCCAGUUCCUGCUCCCGCCGCUGCUGCUGCUGCUACUUGGGGCCUCAGUCCUGUGGGGACAGGGCCCGGGGCCAGGGGGGGCCGAGGAAGAGCCCCCCGAUGAGGAGAUCCCUGAGGAGGAUGGGAUCUUGGUGCUGAGCCAGCGCAACCUGGGCCUGGCCCUACGGAAGCACCGCACGCUGUUGGUGCAAUUCUAUGCCCCCUGGUGUGGGCACUGCAAGGCACUGGCCCCUGAAUACAGCAAGGCCGCUGCCCUGCUGGCGGCAGAGUCCGCCGAAGCCAGGCUGGCCAAGGUGGAUGGGCCCGCUGAGGCAGAGCUGACCAAGGAGUUUGCUGUGACGGAAUACCCCACGCUCAAGUUCUUCCGUGACGGGCAGCGCACACACCCGGAGGAGUACACUGGCCCCAGGGAGGCUGACGGCAUCGCUGAGUGGCUGAGGCGGAGGCUGGGGCCCAGUGCCACCCGGCUGGAGGAUGAAGAGGGUGCCCAAGCUCUGAUAGACGGCCGGGAUGUUGUGGUCAUUGGCUUCUUCCAGGACCUACAGGACGAUGAUGUGGCUACCUUCCUGGCCCUGGCCCAGGACGCCCUGGACAUGACCUUUGGCCUUACCGACCAGCCAAAGCUCUUUCAGAAGUUUGGCCUCACCAAGGACACCGUGGUCCUUUUCAAGAAGUUUGACGAGGGUCGGGCCGACUUCCCAGUGGACGAAGAGCUGGGCCUGGACCAGGGGGACCUGUCGCACUUCCUCCUCAUGCACAGCAUGCACCUGGUCACGGAGUUCAACAGCCAGACUUCUCCGAAGAUCUUCGCAGCCAGGAUCCUCAACCACCUGCUGCUGUUCGUCAACCAGACGCUGGCCCCGCACCAGGAGCUGCUGGUGGGCUUUGGGGAGGCAGCUCCCCUGUUCCGGGGACAGGUGCUGUUCGUGGUGGUGGACGUGGGUGCCGACAAUGGCCACGUGUUGCAGUACUUUGGUCUGAAGGCCGAGGAGGCCCCCACCCUGCGCUUCAUCAACAUUGAGACCACCAAGAAGUAUGCGCCUGCAGAUGGCGGGCCAGUCACCGCGGCCUCCGUCACCACCUUCUGCCAUGCCGUCCUCGGUGGCCACAUUAAGCCCUACCUCCUGAGCCAGGAGGUGCCCCCUGACUGGGAUCAGCGGCUGGUCAAGACCCUCGUGGGCAAGAAUUUUGAGCAGGUGGCUUUUGAUGAAACCAAGAACGUGUUUAUCAAGUUUUACGCCCCGUGGUGCACCCACUGCAAGGACAUGGCUGCGGCCUGGGAGGUCCUGGCCGAGAAGUACAAGGACCACGAGGACAUCAUCAUCGCGGAGCUGGACGCCACAGCCAAUGAGCUGGAGGCUUUCCCUGUGCACGGCUUCCCUACCCUCAAGUACUUCCCGGCGGGGCCGGGUCGGAAGGUGAUUGAAUACAAGAGCACUAGGGACCUGGAGACCUUCUCCAAGUUCCUGGACAACGGGGGCAAGCUGCCUGUAGAGGAGCCUGCAGGGGAACCCACAGCCCCCGACCCGGAGACACCUGCCAACUCCACCAUGGAGCCCAAAGAGGAGCUGUAGCUGCCCCCGCAUCGCCAUCUGGUGCCCCCACAUCAGUGCCCUGGGAGUUGUGCAGUGAAUAAAGAAAGAGCUUUGGUCCUGGA